AUGGAUGUCCCGUCGGAGGACAAGGAUGCAUUGUUCACCGAGGUUUUCCAGCACUUGGGUGAACUCCAGCAACAAUCGACCACUCCACUCAACGAAGAGCUCUUCCGACGCGCGGAACGAGCUCUCGAUGUCAGUACACCACGCGACCUGCUUUGGCGACUGCUCCAAAUAGGCGAAGGUCUGCUUCAAGCAAUGCUGGAAGAUCCCCGACCCCUAACGCGCCUACUCGAGAGAGUGGUUCUCCUGAUUCCGUUCGACGAGCUGAAGUCGGUCAUAUCCUCCGAAAAGCUCGAGGAGGGGCUCAAGUCGGCCUCUGUAUCAAUUCAACUUCUAUGUCUGGCCUACCUCGCCAAAGCUUCCGACACCCCCAGUGGCGCUUCUUUCGUUGCAGCAAGCUCCAACCUUGUACAGCGUCUCGUCACAGUCUGGCUGUCGGUGGAAAGCACAGAAGUCUCGGAGCGAGCUUUAGAGUGUCUCGUCUCAUUGCUGGCAGUUGAUAACCCGGACACUACGACCGUACUUGCUGCUGAGAACCGUAUCGGUGAAGCCCAAGGGCAAGGCCUGAUGUGGAGACGUCUCUUCCACGACGUCCAGGUCUACAAGCUCUUCUUUCUCUGGACUUCCUUGAGCAAGUCGAACCACGACCUCAAAUCCAAGAAAGGUCAACAGCAGGUCACCAUCUCCCAGGCAAGAUUAUUUGACUUUGUAGCUCGGACGUUCGUGCUUGACUGGACCGCCAUCACCACAUCCACUCUUCCCGAGGUUGAGGCCGACUUCGUGAAAAGCGAGACGCCAAGUCAACCGUAUGGAGGCUUGUUGAGGUAUGCCGCGUCGAACAUGAUCGACUCAAACGACUUUCUCAUGGAUGUGCUACGCCAAGACUUCUUCACGAAGCUGUUGAAUGUGGUCCAAGAAGAAAAUACCAGGCUCGUGCCGCCGAGACUGCUUGAGGCCAUCCAAGAAGAGGCUGGAGUCGAUCCGUCAAGCGACCAGGGCGGCGCAGGCGUUCGCCUCUAG